CAGUAAAGAUGAAAGUGCUAAUCAUUUUGGCUGCAUGCCUUAUUGGCAGCGCAAUCGCGUCCACCAACCAAGUUGAUUGGUCUAAAGUGGCCUCGUUGGAUGUACAUCCACAAAUACCAUUAAAUCCCCGUAUGCCUAUCAACGGUAACACAGGACGUAUUACCAAUGGCAAUUUGGCGGAACCUAUGCAAUUCCCCUAUCAAGUUGGUUUAUUGUUGUACUUUGCCUCAGGUAUGGCUUGGUGCGGCGGUAGCUUGAUCUCUGAUCGUUGGGUGGUUACAGCUGCCCAUUGCACAGACGGGGCAACUGGCGUUGACGUAUACUUGGGCGCUUGGAAUCGCACGGAUGAAACAGAAGAGAACCAACAAAUUGUUUACGUAUCUGCGAAGAAUAUAGUCAUUCAUGAAGAUUGGGAUUCUAGUCUUAUUUUGAACGACAUUUCCCUUAUUAAAUUUCCAGUUUCUAUUGAAUUUAACGAAUACAUCCAACCAGUUGCUUUGCCUAAAAUAUCAUCCUCAUACUCAACCUACGAAGGCGAACAAGUGAUUGCCUCUGGAUGGGGAAAGAUUAGCGACAGUGCCACAAGUGCCACCGAUGUAUUGCGCUGGGUUGAGGUACCCAUUAUGUCCAAUACUGUAUGCAACAGGUGGUUCUUCGGCUUAGUUUCCUCAACGAAUAUCUGCAUUAAGACUACUGGUGGCACUUCCACUUGCAAUGGUGACUCCGGCGGUCCAUUGGUAUACAACGAUGGCGAAGAGACUGUGUUGAUUGGAGCCACUUCUUUUGGCAUUUCCCUUGGAUGUGAAGUUGGCUGGCCAGGUGUAUUUACUCGCAUCACUUCAUACUUGGAUUGGAUUGAAUCCAAUUCUGGUGUUGCUACAUACACUGUAUCCAGCAGCGAUAUUAUCAUCCACGCCAGCUGGAAUUCCAAUACUUUGAAGAACGAUAUCUCUCUCAUCAAAAUUCCAUCUGUUUCUUACUCCAGCAAAAUUCAAGCCGUCGAAUUGCCCGCUGUUGCCAGCUCCUACUCUACAUAUGCUGGAGAAUCUGCCAUUGCUUCAGGUUGGGGAAAAAUCAGUGAUUCCGCCACCAGUGUGACUAGCAACUUGCAAUACGCCACCUUAAGCAUUAUUACCAACACUGUCUGUGCCCGCACUUAUGGAACUUCGAUUGUUACUUCUUCUAACAUUUGCGUAUCCACAACUGGUGGAGUUUCCACUUGCAACGGUGACUCAGGUGGCCCAUUGGUGUUGGCUUCUUCGGGAGUACAGAUCGGUUUAACUUCAUUCGGUUCUUCAGCUGGCUGCGCUAAGGGUUAUCCAGCUGCUUUCACCCGUUUGACCAGCUACCUUGACUGGAUCAAGACCAACACUGGCAUUUCUUACUAA